AUAAAUAAGCAAUUGGAUUCCAUUUAUGGUAACCCGUUAUUUGUCCCGCUUUAGAAUAGUUGCUUUUAUUUCUCUUUUAUUAUUUCUUUAUGGUUUGGUAUAUUUACAUACUCAUUAUGACCUCUUUCAUUAUUUACAACAACGUCGAGAAUCCAGUCAACUCUCUACCAAACAACCUCUUCUUGUCCCUGUUUCUAUUUCACUAGAGUUGAAGCAAAUAGCUCAAUCCCAAAUACAACCUUGGAUAGGCUACAAAAUGAAUCGAUCCGAUGUUGAAAACUUUGCCAAACGAAAGGGAUAUCUUUAUGUAGUGGAAAUUAACAACGGAACUUUGCAUAUUCCUGAAUAUAUCGACAAGGAAUUCGAAUAUAACCAAAACGUAGAGCCACUUAUUGCUGUCAUACAACAAAUAUUAUUGGAAGAAAACAAUAUUCAAGAUACCGUUCUAUUCCUUAACUUGCUGGAUGAACCCAGAAAUCCUAACAAAAUACGUUGUCAACAAACAGGAAUAUGGAACAAGAUAGAGAACUAUCAUGGUUUUCCAUUAUCAUUCUUAGAAAUGGAGGACAAAGAUAUGCCUCAGUUUCCUAUUCUUUCUCCUGCUAAAAUAUCCCAAUGUUUUGAAGAUAUAUUGGUACCUUUUGGUGAUCUAUUGGAACUUCCCAAAUUGGCAGAAAUGAGAAGUACUAUUCCUAGUUGUUAUGAAGGAGGUUUAUGGAAUGUUACGAAUAGACUUAUGACUGCCAUUUUUCGAGGAAGUCCAACCGGACAUUCCCUCCGAGAAGGUCGCAACCAUCGUUUGUCGUUGAUAAAAGCUUGUGACAAUGAACAAAGUCGACAUAUGGUGGUCCUCUUUGUGAUGCUGCUUUUACUCAGCAAAUGGAAGACUUGAAUCUAUCACAAGCUGCUUCUCCUUCUUAUUUUCUUCCAAUUCAAGUUUGGGAGCAAAUCACUUUCUUUGUGUUAGAUAUCGAUGGCAAUUCUUAUUCUAGAAGAUUGGCCAAUCUUUGUUUUGCAGAUGUGGAUAUCAUUCGAUUGGG